GCACGUGGCUGCUAGCGACCACGGGAGCGAGAUCGGGACAAGGGCAUCUAUCAUGGAGCUGAGAUCUGAUUCCGUCGCGACUGCAAAGGAACCAGCUGAGCCAAGAAAGAAGAAAAUACGAGAAUCAAAAAAUCGUAAAAAGUACUGGAAGAAAGCUGACAUAGAGGAUGUCGAAGCUUUCUUGGAAGAGAAAAGGUUCGAUGAGCGGGUCGGUGGGGAUGUCUCAUUGCGGAGCGACGUCGAGAUUUAUAUGCUGGACAAGAGUGCGGACGCGAUCGCGGAGAGGAAAUUCCAGAAGAAGAGAUCUGACAUUUUGAAAGAGCCUCUGAAGUGUACUGAAGUUCUCCGGCAGCGAUCGAAAGUCCCGGUACCAUUGAGAACAUGCAGAGGGAAACCCGAGGACGCCAAGAAGAGCCGCGUACAUCUCGAGCGUGAGCGGAAAACAAUUCAGAAACGAGUGGAGCAGUCUGAAAAGACGCUCAAUGAACGGAAAUCUGUCAGAGAUGAGCGAGCUUCGAGGAAUAAUUGUCGAACCCUGAAUUCCGAGACUCAAAUCUACGAUAUCUGGCACGCUCCGGGAUCCACUAGAGAGCUCGAGGGAACUGCGGCGAGGCAUCGCGUGGACGUCCUGCAGGAGCCGGCAGAUGCGGAUUUUUUGGCCGAUGAUCAGCUCGCUUACUUCGCGAGAGUUACGCGCGCUUCAAGACCGAAGGUACCUUCUUUGAGGUACCGAAAACCUUCAGUGCUACCGGCUGUGGAGGUAGCGGAACCCGGUGCCAGUUACAAGCCAACUUUUGAGGACCACCAAGCUCUGCUGUCGAAAGCGAAUGAAGUGGAAGUGGGAAAAUUGAAGAAAGAAGAACAUCUUGAGCGCGUCUUGUUGAGUCUUUUCCCGACCAAAGAGAGAGCCAAAGCAAUUCGUGUCCAGAACGAAGUUGACGAAGCAGCCGGAAUUCUCUACUCGGACGAUGACACGGAGGAUCCCUCUGGGGAUCUGGCCGAUGCUUUGAUAACAGGCAAUCCGCCGGUGCGCGCGGAAAACCGUAAAACACGGUUGCAGCGGAACAGACAGAAAGCGCACAGAGAGCGUGAAGCACUGACAGCGCAAAGGAAAUCCGAGAAAAAAAUCGAUUCACAAUUCGGUCGCAUAGGAGUGUACAAGAAGGAGAUCAAGAAGUCCAACCAAGCUACGCAGCUGAAAGUUCUCCGUAAGAAGCAGAAACAAAUCGAAGCUCAAAGUCAACCCAAGAAGCUGGGACGUCAGAAGUUCUCCGCCCCGGACAUUGAAAUUAAGUUGACGGAGGAAUUGGUGCCGACUUUGAGACAACUCAAGCCCGAGGGAUCCCUGAUGGUCGACAGAAUGCGGUCACUCGAGAAACGCAAUCUGAUCGAGCCUCGACGCAAGACGAUCCGGAAGAAAAAGUGGACGAAGACAGUUUACAAGAGACACUACAAAAAGGGUAACGAAGAUAUUCUCACAAAUCCCGCGGCAGAUCGAUUGUCCUGAAUUCGUUCAUAAACAUCGCUUCGGAAA